AUGUCUGAAGCUGUUUUUAAAGAUAUCAAAUUGGAAGAUAUUCCUGUCGAUGACAUCGAUUUUUCUGAUCUAGAAAAUGAAUACAAACUCGAUGAUGAAUUCAAUUUCGAUCAAUACAUCGUCGUUAAUGGUACACCAAUUAUCCCAGAAAGUAAAGUCCCAGUGUUACAAAGAGUCUUAACCAAUUUAUUCACAAAAGCUGGUAAAGUAGUUAACAUGGAAUUCCCAAUCGAUGAAGCUACCAAGAAAUCAAAAGGUUUCAUUUUCGUUGAGUGUGGUUCCAUCGAUGAUGGUAAAAAAAUUAUCAAGGCCUUCCAUGGCAAAAGAUUAGAUGCUAACCAUCGUUUAUUCAUAUACACGAUGAAGGACGUUGAAAGGUAUAACUCUGACUCCUUUGAAACUGAGUUCAAAGAACCUGAAUUACCAGAAUUCGUACCAUCAAGUUCUUUGAAGUCAUGGUUAUUAGAUGAAAACUUGAAGGAUCAAUACGUUUUACAAGAUGACAAAACUACUACUGUCUUUUGGAAUUCAAACUUUGAAGACACUAAUGUUGUUGAAUCAAGAGAUAACUGGUCAUCAAACUACGUUAGAUUCUCACCAAAGGGUACUUACUUAUUUUCAUAUCACCCACAAGGUGUUACCGCAUGGGGUGGUCCACAUUUUGAUCGUUUAAAAAGAUUUUACCAUCCAAAUGUCAGAACUUCCGCUGUUUCUCCAAAUGAAAAAUAUUUAGUUACUUUUUCAUCUGAUCCAAUUAAAUUAGAUGACAAUGAUGAAGAAUGUCCCUUCACUAUCAAGAACGAAGGUCACCAAAUCUGUAUUUGGGAUAUUGAAUCUGGUUUACUGUGUGCCACUUUCCCAUUCAUCAAGAGUCCAUAUUUACACUGGCCAUUAAUCAGAUGGUCUUACAACGACCGUUACUGUGCUCGUAUGGUAGGUGAUACUUUAGUCGUCCAUGAUGCCGAAAAGAAAUUUGCUCCUCUUGAAAACAAAUCUUUAAAGGUUGCUGGUAUCAGAGACUUCUCAUUUGCUCCAACAAGUGUCAAAUUACAACCUUUCAGAGCCAAUGAUGAACCAUCUGUCUUGUUGUCAUACUGGACCCCAGAAACCAAUAACAUUUCUUGUAAAGCUACUAUUGUUGAAGUUCCUCGUGGUAGAGUAUUAAAAACUGUCAAUUUGGUUCAAGUUUCCAAUGUUUCUUUACACUGGCAAAAUCAAUCCGAAUACUUAUGUUUCAAUGUUGAACGUCAUACGAAAUCCAAGAAAACAUUGUUCAGCAAUUUGGAAAUUGUUAAAUUAACUGAAAAGGAUCUACCUGUUGAAAAGAUGGAAUUAAAAGAACCUGUCAUGGCAUUUGAAUGGGAACCAAAGGGUAGCAAAUUUAUCACUAUUUCCGUUGCUGAUACUGAUGAUGAUAACGUUUCUGUACCAAAGAACAUUGUUAGUUUCUUCGCUUUAGAAAAGAAGGACUCCAAGGACAAUGACGCAAGUAUAAAAUGGAAAUUAGCUAAAGCUAUCAGUAAUAAGUUCUCCAACACAAUCUCAUGGUCUCCAGCUGGUAGAUUUGUUGUUGUCGCCUCCGUGGUUAAACCAGAUGUUCGCAGAUCUGAAUUAGAUUUCUAUGACACUGAAUUCAACGGUGAGAAAAAUAUCAAUGAUGAUAAGGAUGUCAUGGCCUCAAUUAAGGAUGUGGCCCAUCCAGCUAACGCUUCAGUCACCGAUAUGACAUGGGAUCCAAGUGGUAGAUUCUUAACAUGUUGGUCUAGUUCAUUGAAACACAAGGCUGACAACGGUUUCAGAAUGUAUAACAUUGCUGGUCAUGUCAUCAAGGAAGAUGGCAUUAAGAACUUCAGGAACUUCAUGUGGAGACCAAGACCAGAAUCUACUUUGACUAAUGCUGAAAGAAAGAAGGUUAGAAAGAACUUAAAGGAAUGGUCAGCGCAAUUCGAAGAACAAGAUGCCAUGGAAGAAAAUUCUGCAGUUAGAGAGUUGAUCUUGAAGCAACGUGAACAAUUGAAGAGUUGGAACGCUUAUAGAAAGAGUACUGAUGACCGUUUACAAAGCAAGUUCAACCUUCAAUUAUCUCAAUUAGAUGGUAACAAGGUUGUCAAUGAGAAUGAUUAUGCUGUUAUUGAAGAAAUCAAAGAAGAAAUAGUUGAAGAAACUCAAGAGAAGGUCGAAGAACAAUAA